AUGAUAAUUAAUGUAGGCCAUCCGCACGAUGAGAAGCUGAUGGAAUAUUUUCGCUCUGAAAAAUUUGAAUUCGGUAUCAUCGAACAAAUCAAUUUCGGCGGCUAUGCUAUAUUCAGCAAAAUUGGUUUGAAAAAUUAUGCCACUGCGAUGGCAGUCAAUCUUAUUGAAGUUGCUGCUGAUUUGUAUGGUGUUAGCUCCAAUCCAAGCUACGUUCCUGGUUAG